GCGGCGGCGGUGCGGCCGCUGCGCUGAGGGAGCUGCGAGGGACGGAGGGGCUGCGACGGGGCUUUCCCCUCCUUAGAGCUGGUGCUGUCUCUGCCGCUCCUUGUUCACUAAAAGGUUGUGUACCAGAAUAAGGUCAAGAAAGACUUAAAUGGAUUUCUGAAGUAACAAAAGGAAGAAAAAUGGAGUCAGAGACCAUUUUAAGCCUUAGACACCAACUCAAAGAAGCUGAGAAUGAGCGAAGAAAGGCAGCACAAUAUGGUUUGCAUUUAUUGGAGUCCCAGAGUGAAGUUCAGAAUCAAUUGGAUCAAACACGCCGUGAACUGACUGAAAAAACUGAGAAAUUUGAACAAGAAAAAUACUCUCUUCAGAGAGAAAUUGAACUAAAGAAUCGAAUGUUGGAAAGCUUGAGUUUUGAAUGUGAUUCCCUUAAGCAACAGCAAAACAUGCAACUGGAUAAGCAGAAAGAACAGCUAGCCAGAACUUAUGGACAAGAAAUUGGUGACCUUAAAAACAAGUUGGAGAACCUGAAAGCAGAACUAGAUGAAACCCGACUAUCGGAGAAACAGUUGAGACACAAAGUGGAUCAUCAGAAGGAAAUAAUCGCUGCCAAAUCAGAAGAACUACAUAUGAUGUCUGAACGUGUACAUGAGACCAUGUCUUCAGAAAUGCUCCAUCUUCAGCUAGAACUCACUGAACUAGAAAGUGUGAAGGCCAAUGUUGAAGAAAAGCUGAAUGAACUGCAGUACAAUAAAGAACAGUUGGAACUGAUGAACAGUAACUUACGUAAUCAACUGGAGCGCCUACAAGGAGAAAAAGAAGAAAGGGAAAAAGAAGUUGUUUCUUACUGUAAUGCAUUAGAGAAAGCUCGUGAAGCUAAUCAGGAGCUUCAGGUUCAGCUGGAUCAUGCUGUGCAACAGUCUUUGGAUCCUACAAGUAAAGGCAAUUCUCUCUUUGCUGAGGUGGAGGACCGUAGGGCAGAAAUGGAACGACAGCUGAUCAGUGUGAAAAUAAAGUAUCAGUCACUCCAAAAACAGCAUGCAUUCACUAGAGAACAGUUGCAGAGAAUGAAGCUGCAAAUGGCUACACUGCUACAGAUGAAAGGUUCUCAGGCAGAGUUUGAGCAGCUGGAGCGCUUACAGUCCAUGUUAGAACAAAAGAAUGGUGAAGUAGAAGAUCUUCUUAUGAAAGUGAGGCAGCUAGAAAAAUUUAAGACUUUAUAUGAGAAUAUGGAAGAAUCCAAGGCUAGUAGUAGCUCCAAAGGAGGAGAGUCUGAAGAUGGUUAUUAUGCAGAUUUACUGCAAAUGAAACUUGACAACUCAAACAAGGAAACAGAAACCUUGAAAAAUGAGCUAUCCUUGCAGAGGAUGAAAGCUCUGUAUGAGAGCCAGAGAGUUCUAGAAGUCGAAAGAAAACUCUUCACAAACGAGAGACACUUGCAAGCUUGUCAGAGUGAGAAUAUGAACUUGCGAGUUAAGCUGGAUGAACUAAAAAUGAAAUAUGAACCUGAAGAAUUACUCAAAGGCACUAAAAUGAAAAAAAAGAGGGAGAAGAUUCCAGUGGACACUACUUGUGAAUACUUGAACAGCAAAAAUACUUCCAUAAAAGAAGCUGAUCUCACCCAGCUACCAAGUAAGGAAGAAAAAAGGGUGACUUUCAAGAAUUUGGAGCAAAGUGAUGCUUCUCCAAAAAAACACAUUCUUGAAGCACCAGCAAUAAGUACAGCUCUCCAAGCAAUGCAACAAGCACUUGAACCUCAAAGAGAAAGAAAGAGAGUAAAAACUACAGAUGAGAAGCAGGAUGACUUGACUUUGUAUAGCACAAGUGGACGCAAUUCCUUGACUUCAGCUGCCCCCAGGUUAACAGCUGAAUCCAGAUUUGAAGCUACAGAAGAAGAAGAUAAAAAAGAAAAUAAAAUCACGACUGAGAAGAAAACAGAAAAGAAAAAAUAUCCAACAUUGUAUGUAUCUUCUAAGCCAACUUCUGAAACACAGUGUGCUCAGCAAUAAAGCUUGUUUUUCUGAAAGGAACACAAACAGUCUGCAGUCCUGCUUCAGCAGGAAAUACUGAGUACGCUUAGAUAAAUGUUCAGGUUCCUAACUUAGAGGUUGCUCUGCCUUGUUUGAUGAAGAAUAUGUUUAUGUUAAACAGAGUUGCACUUUUGAUAGCUGAACUUCCCAGGGGGCACCCAGUAAGGUCCCUGGCAAUAUGAUCUGAUGUGUUGCUUUGUAUCUUGACGAAAUCUCUAAAUAUGUGUUAGUCCAUUAUCUGUUUGAAGCACAGUGCUAUUUGGAAAGAUAAGUACUUUCUACAGCAGCUUUAUCUUACAACAAGACAAGACAGACUAGAUAAUGAUGCAGAACUCAACUAAGUCACGUGCACCGGAGUUUCUUCUAGUUCCUCGAUUCAUAAUUAUUGUUUUUUUCCCCCUGCUGUGUAAUUGUUCAACUUUUCAGACUGAGCUGAUUGCAGAGGUGCAUGUGAGUCAUGUCAUGCAUUUUGUGGGAUGGUUUUCUUUUGAAACUGUAUAUAAUUCUCAUAUUUGUAUUAAUAAUUACAAUAAACCUUUAUUUCUUUUACUUCCUAAAAUGUAGUGUAUACUGCAUUUGAGGCAAGACAUUGAGUGAAAGCUCUCAGUUUCCUGAUUGAGAGGUGAAGUAUUUUGUAGAAAAGGCUUUGCUGGAAAAAAAGUACCACUGAAUAAAAAGCUAAGACAUUGUAA